AUGGUGGAAUCGGCUCGGAUAGAGGAGCUCUUGAAGAGACCUCUCUAUGUAUAUGAUCUUCCACCAGAGCUUCUCGCGACGCUUGCGCCAAAAACCACAAAUCAAGUCCCUGCUGAACCCGACUCCGAGCCCACCCCGGAAGACCCUGAAAGUACAGUACAAGAGCUAGCGAUCGCAAAUUCUACAUCAUGCUCUCUGUGCAAGGUCCCCUACCAGAACGUGCAGGAGCAGCGCAGUCACGUCCGAUCAGACCACCACCGGUAUAACCUCAAGGCCCAAUUGCGCGGGAAUGCCACCCUCGAUGAAGUCCAAUUUUCGAAAGCAGUCGGAGAGCUGGAUGAAUCUAUAUCAGGGUCGGAGUCAUCGGAGUCAGAAGAUGAAGAGACCGACGCCGGCGCGGAUACAACGCUGACGGCCCUGCUGAAAAAGCAGGCCAAGCUAUCUCAGACGAACGAAGAAGCGACGACAGUGAAACGGGGCUCACCAAAGCAUCCGGUUUUCUGGCUGUCGAGCUCAAGCUUGCCAUCCAACAAAUCCCUGGGUAUCUAUAGGGCGAUCUUCUCCAAUGUCGAACAAGAUGAGCUCGGUCACCUGGUUGAUUCUUUACGAAGAAAGCAGCUGGCAGCCGUCAAUGUGCGCACAGAUAACGCGAGCUCUCCACAAGCUCCCAAUACUUCUAACCCUCACAUGUUCAUGUGUAUGAUCGGCGGUGGCCAUUUCGCAGCAAUGCUAGUGUCGUUGGCGCCCGAGAUUCAUCGGAAACAGGGAGGCGUCGAGGAGAGACAGGCCAGGGUCAUUGCACACAAGACAUUCCACCGAUACACGACCCGACGAAAGCAGGGUGGCUCACAGUCUGCCAGCGACGCUUCUCGAGGUGCUGCUCACUCGGCGGGGUCGAGCCUGCGACGCUACAAUGAAGCCGAGCUAGAGAAGGAUAUUCGAGAACUGCUGGCCGACUGGCGGAAAGAAAUUGAUACUGCCGAGCUCUUGUUCAUUCGCGCCGCGGGAAAGACAAAUCGAAGAAUUCUCUUUGGUCAAUACGAUGGGCAAGUCCUCCGGUCGAAUGAUCCCCGACUGAGAGGAUUUCCCUUCAGCACUCGUCGGGCGACGCAGGCCGAGCUCAUGCGGUGCUUCAAGGAGCUGACCCGCGUGAAGGUGAGCGAGGUAGAUGAGGCUGCGCUAGCUGCCGCAGAAGCCAAGAAACGCGAGGAAGUGUCAAAGCCACCCACGCCUCGGCCGCAACCCCAGAAGCCGAAAAUGUCCAAGGAAGAAGAGGCGGCGCUGUUACACACCACUCAGAUCCAAGCCAUGAUUCGCCGCUCCAAAGUACCUGCCCUGAUGUCCUACCUAUCGAACAACUCCAUCUCCUCCUCUUUCACCUUCCAGCCGACCGACUCGCCACAGAACUUUCGCUGCCCUACUCCCCUCCAUUUGGCCGCAAACCUGAACUCAUCAGCUGUUGUCACAGCGCUUCUCACUCGAGCCGGAUCAGAUCCGACUGCAGUCAACAGCGAAGGCAAGACCCCGUUCGAGAUCGCAGGCGAUCGAGCCACCCGCGAUGCUUUUCGCGUCGCUCGUCACGAACUGGGCGGAUCGAAAUGGGACUGGAAUGCAGCCAAGGUUCCAUCGGCAGUCUCUAAAUCUGAUGCCGAGAGUCGGGCUGAGCGAGAGCGAAAGACCGCCGAAGAUGAGGAGACAAAUCGACGCAAGGCCGGAAUGGAUCGCUUGAAGCGAGAAGAUGUCGAGAGGGCUACCCAGCAAAAAUUCACCAAGUCUGGUGGUCGGACACUGGGGGCUGUGGAGAAGACUGCAGCGGAGAAACGCGAUGAGGAAACUCGGGGUAUGACCCCAGAGAUGAGAAUGCGACUGGAACGAGAACGCCGAGCAAGGGCUGCUGAAGAGCGCUUUCGGCGAAUGCAGGGCCAUUGA